AUGGGUUCCACCUCAGUGGAGGAAUCUGCACUGCAUAUACUUUCCAAUCUUAAAGACAGCCUUCCUAUUUGGCAUGUGUCUUGUAAAGACGGUCUUUCACCCACAGUGCAAUAUGCUUCAGGCGAUGCUUGUGCCCUGGCAAAUCAUGAUGAGAAUGUCCAGGAAAAGGGUGAAGAGGCUGGUCCCGGACUGGAGUCUGAUCAUGUGGACUCAGGUACACGAAGUUACUCUACGGAAGAGCUACUUGAUGAGUUUACAAAAUCGGAUCAGACUAUAGAAAUGAGCGAAGCAAGCCAACCUGAAGUUGAGACUCCACCUUCAGUAGAUUUAAAUGAAGCUUCGUCUAGCAUAGUUGCAAGCACUGAAAACAUUUCCAGUUCACCUACCUCAGAGAUACCUCCAGUCUCACAGCCCGACCUUGCAGGUCAACAUAUAGAGAACAUAUCAUCAUCACAUGGCAAGGGAAAGAAGACAAAAUCUGAGUUUGAGCCGAAAGUUUCAGCAGCUGAAAAGGGGGCAGAUGAGCAAAAAUCUGCCCUGAAUGCCUCGGAGAACUUAAAAAGGGAGAAAGACUAUAAAAAACCAGGAGAAAUUGAUCCUACAUCGGUGAUAGAUCCAAAGGACCCAGGAGACAUUCCAACAUUUGAUGAAUGGAAGAAGAAAGUCAUGGAAGUGGAGAAAGAAAAGAGUCAGUCAAUGCACCCUUCAGCUGUUGGUGGGCAGCAUUCCACAAAAAAAGUGCAGAAAAACAGAAAUAACUAUGCCUCUGUAGAGUGUGGUGCCAAAAUUUUGGCAGCCAAUCCAGAGGCAAAGAGCACUUCAGCUAUUUUGAUGGAAAAUAUGGACCUUUAUAUGCUAAAUCCUUGCAGUACUAAAAUCUGGUUUGUUAUUGAGCUCUGUGAACCAGUCCAAGUAAAGCAGUUUGACAUUGCAAAUCAUGAAUUAUUCUCUUCUACUCCUAAAGACUUCCUAGUGUCUAUUAGUGACAGGUACCCAACAAAUAAAUGGAUUAAAUUAGGUACUUUCCAUGCCAGAGAUGAAAGAAAUGUCCAGAGCUUUCCUCUGGAUGAACAGAUGUAUGCAAAAUAUGCUAAGAUGUUCAUCAAGUACAUAAAGGUGGAGUUGAUAUCACACUUUGGAUCGGAACAUUUUUGUCCGUUAAGUCUUAUAAGAGUAUUUGGUACUAGCAUGGUUGAAGAGUAUGAAGAAAUAGCUGAUUCUCAGUAUCAGUCUGAACGACAAGAACUCUUUGAUGAAGAUGAUUAUCUAUUGGAUUACAAUACAGGUGAAGAAAAAUCUUCAAAAAAUCUCCUUGGUUCUGCUACAAAUGCUAUCCUAAGCAUGGUGAAUAUUGCUGCUAAUAUGCUCGGAGCCAAAACUGAAGAGUCACCUGAAGUUGAAG